AUGCCUAUCCAGACGAGCCACGCUGUGCGCAUGCGUGGUCAUACCGCCUCACCGCCGCUAGGGGGCGUCCACAUGGCGCUCUUACCUCGACGUCACCUCCACCGCACCGACAGCCACCCCGCGAUACCGGCGCGAUCCCCUCUCUCUCCCCCUCUUCUCUCCCACCUUUCUCUCCCCUUUCUCACCCCCUCUCUCACUCCUCUUCCCCAUCCCCCUUUCCCUUCCCUCCUCCCCAUCCACAUCACAAUCCAACAUUAA